UUGAAAGAACUUUCGUUGAUUUCGGCACUCAAGUUGAAAGAACUUUCGUCGAUUUCGGCACUCAAGUUGAAAGAACUUUCGUCGAUUUCAGCACUCAGGUUGAUUUACUUGAAAAAAAAGCUUGCGCCGAUUUUGGAUCUCAAGUAUCCUUUUUACAUCCAAUGUGUGAAAUUCUUCAAAGAAGAAUUGAUGAGUUAAAAAAAAAUAAUGAGCAAUUAUUAAGUGAAAAUGAGGCAUUAAAAAAAAAGUUAAGCGAAAGAUUUACUAACCAACAAGAUCGCAUUCAUUCUAUAAUAGAAAUCGCCAAAAAAGAACGAAGUAAUUUGUAUGAUGACAUCAUGAAUUUAAUGAAAAAUCAAGAACG